AUGAAGUUAACUCUCUUUAUUCAAAGGGAAAAAAACAAGCUCAGAGACCAGGCCUAGCGAGCACAGCAACUCUUCCCAAUAGAUCUUGCCCCGAUGAGUCAGUUGUGAGGUCCCCAUAGCUCCCUAAGUCUCCUUUCCCAGGUCCUUCCCAAGCAAUUUCGGAUUCCUCCUUCUUGUCUCUCAUUGCUCCAUCUUCUUCAUCUCUCUGCAUGUUCUGGUAGACUGGGGAGAGGGGAGCUGGUCGCAGUAGGAGGGGGAGACCCCUGGCUUCUUCAGCAGCCUGCCUCAUCUCUGCCUCUCCCUCUUCUGCCCCUGGUUCUAGACUGUUCUCUGCCACAGCCUCUUCCUGCUCACUAAACCCUGUUCAGCUUCUGACUCCUCCUCCCAGUCUGUUCCCUCUUCUCCCUCUCCCCACUCAUCAUCAUCAUCAUUCCACCACCAAUCCCCUGGCCCUCAGCCUUCUUCCCCUGAGGGUUCCCUUGGGGGUUCCCCAGCUGGUGUCUCCCACUACUGCUCUGCAUCCAAACCAGUUCAUGACACAUACUUAGCACUGUCUGAAUUCCUCCAUUAGCUCAGGUGUGGGAACCUUUCUACCCUGAGGGACCAGAUUGUCAUCUUCCCUAACCCCUGAUGGGCAAAGUUUGACAGGUGGGCAAUGACAUCAGGUGACCUUUUCCUCCCCUUGCAGAGUCUUCAGAAGCCCCACUGAAAGCACCAUUUGACACAAUCUUGAACUGGCGCCAGCAAAUACCCAACGUGGGUGUGACUUGGCCAAAAUGGCCUCAGGCUAAAUGGGGAGGACUGGGCACUCCCCCCCCGCCCGCCUUAGCAAUAGCUUUAAACAAGCCACUGUUUCACAAUUAUAUCUGAAUCCCACAAAUUUGGGCUUUCUCCUGGAUCGGGUAAAUGAAGAAGCCACACACACAAACCCUUGUCCUUUGAAAUAUACCCCAGCACCUCCACAUGCCUGUUUGUGAUUCGACCUGGUUUUCCCCCAUGAUGCCUAAACCUUUCCAAGGCAAAACAUCCAUCCAUCUCCCAGCUAAUCCUGUACCCACUUACCUGGGAACAACCUCCAUUGAACUCGCUCUGAUCGGCUUUUGAGAUACACCAUGCAAAGGAUUGUUGUGAACUACUGGUACUAAACCACCUCAUGCCUUUUGUACAGUCACAUUCUCUCCUCUGGAUCUUGAAAUCCCCCACAUGCUCACAAAUCAGCCCAAACGCUUCCGCAUCCUUCACUUCCUCCCGCAAUGCCGCUGAUGGAAAAAACACACCGGUUGAACUGUAUAGAUAUCGCCUUGAAGCUUCCGAAGCACAAGAGGCCCCCCCCGCCCUUCUGCAAAUAACACCCCCAGACACAGACCCCCAUCUCUUUGGAGACAAGCCCACCGCCUGCACCUGACCACAAUGCAGAAAAAAUACCCACCUACCUUAAGUCCCUAUUAUACAAAGGCGACCACGCCCCCCUCUUGAGUUAACACCUUCCUCUGUAUGUACCCCAACACCCCCUCGCCCAGUAUAUGGGUCCAUUCUUCGUUUUGCUGCGACCCCCCAAGAAGGAAAGAAGUCUCCAUGCCAUGCCCUUGAUGAAAGAUCUGACUCAGCAAUUUUUUUCCACCUGUCAGGCCUGACACCGUCCUGGAUUCUGCAACAAUCCCCACGGUGGUGGGGGGGGCGGGGUGUCCAUCCGCCUUUGGCAAAACCUGGUGCCCGCAAAUAAGGCAGGGUUAAAUAAAAUUUUAAAAGCCACAUGCAAUGCAAUGCAAUGCAGCCCGGGCCCUCCCAUCGCCCCACCCCGAGGUUUUUAGCACCUCCUUGCACUGACCUCUCCCCUUCCCCCAACCUUUUUCUCACCACCACCGACUCAACCUUCCCCCCCCCCGCCCCACCUCGCGCACCGCGCACCCGCACACCAACCUCCCACCCGUGCAAAUCUCGCGAGACAACACGUGCUUUCACAAGUGGUCCCCCCCCAACACCUCUUCUCCUUGCACCAAUCGAUCCGGGGGCUGGGCUUAAAAAAAAAAAAAAGCCUAAGUAAAGGGGGGCGGGGGAGAAGGGGGUGUAUAGGCGAGAGCUGGGGGGGGAGAAAAAGUGAAAUGUGGGGGGGCUGCCCCGCCCCCAUUGAUCGCAACUUGCAACCAACCCCCCCACCUGAAUAGCGGUUUUGGGGGUAAACGCCCCCCCUCUCCCACCCACCCAUCCCUAAUCCCUUCCUCGGGGGAAAAAGAGGAGGAGGAGAGCCCCAACCCUCUCGGGAACGAGGCUACCUUUGCCGGGCGGGGAGCCUACGCGAGGCCGGGGAUUUUACGGCCUGCCUGCUCGCUUCUCUCCCUUCUCGGUCUCCGCCGAGAGGGCGCGGGAGGAGCAGCUGCUCUCCCACCGCCACCUUCCUCCGGUGAUCCCUCCUUCUCUAUCUCCCCGUCUUCUCCUUGGGGCAAAAAAGGGCCCUGCAACCAACCAACCGGCUGGCCCAGGAGCGAAGCCCAGCCGAGCCGCCGCCGCCGCCACAGGUGAGAGAGACCGCGCGUCCCGGGCAUCCCUUGCCUCGGCCCCACGUUGCGGACGGGCGCUGCGGGAAGAGAGAGGCUCGCUUCUCCCCCGCCGCCCUUCCAUCCAGGCCGUGGCCGGCAGGCGAGCGCGAGAGCGGGCGAACAGGCCGGCCUUCCCCUGGUAGGCCUAAGGAGGGUCGGGGAAGAGGUGCAGCUGCGGCGGCGGCGCUUUCCGAGGGAGGGGUAGGUAGGCCUUGCAGCUGGGGCUUCUCCUUCACCCCCAGCUCCGUUGCCGUUACACUUGGUGACAUUUUAUUUUUUUUGAGGGGGGGGUCAACAGUCUGUGUAGGCCUCGCCUCCCCCCAGCCCUAUCGGUUGCUAUAGCAACGCCGCGGAAGAAGGGCGAGUGCGCCCCCCCCGUGUCCCAACCUCGGGAAAGGGGCCCGGGUUACUAUGGUAACGUUGUGGGGGGACGGACCCAUACAUGCCCCUGUAGGCCUUGGGGUGUGUGGAAUGGGGGAGACCCCACUCUCAUAUUAUUGUGGGACUGUUUUUAUUGGGGCGACGUGGUUUUUGGGGGGGGGGUAGGUAACGCGCGUGGUGGCCGUUCUCUCGUCUAGGCCUCGAGACUGGCCUACGUUGCCUAAUUAGAAGUUGCAAGCCCGGUGGGGGCUUAAAAUAAGGGCGAGUUAAGGGGGGGCGAGUGCGCCCGGGCUGUUGCUAUGGGAACGUUCUGGUCGGUUGGGGAGGGGGGGCGGAAGAGCCUCCCUCUCGCGUGCUGGGUGGGGUGGGGGGGCUCCGUUGCCUUGGUAACUUUCCGUGGUUGGGAGAGGGUCGCGCCCACCCGUGUCAGUGAACGGGGCGCGGUGGGUGGGUGGGCUGCCGGGCCUAGAGGUCUCAGGUGCCGAGCCUCCUUGGGCCUGGUCGUGAGGGGAUUGUUUUGUUUUCCGGUCAAGGGGAGAGUGAGAUGUCAGCGGCCUCUGGGGACGGCAGGCCCCCGCGGGUGGGAGUCGCCACAGCUGGAAGUGUGGGUAGGGGUUGUUAUUGCUUUUUAAAAAUAAAAAUGGGGGGUUGAUAGGUUAGCAGGGGUUAAAUCAGGAGGGGAAAGGGGUGCUGUUCUGUCACUCCCCAUUGGAGUAAAAGAGGUGGUCCCCAUCCCAUAAGAACAAGUGGGUAAGGCCUGGAGUAAGGGGAUGGAUGCUUGCCUGGGUGUCCCUUUCCUGGGUGGGGAGAGUCAUUGGCUCCUGUUUUAACUAUUGUAAAUUCCAACAAGGUGGUGGUCUCGGGUCCCAAACUGUAGGGCCAUCUCUUGAGAAGUCAAGGAUAAAGCGAGCGAGAUUGGAGGUUACAAAGUGAAAUAAAUGUGUUCUCUGGAAUAGCAAGAAGUAGAAGUCAGGGCGAGGGGGACACUCAGUUGAGUGACAUUAUGUAUUCGUUUAUCAUUUCAUAUAAUGCCAUGAAACAACAGUUUGUUUGCUUUAUCGUCAUUCCGCACACAUACAUGCUUGAGAGAUGCUCAAUUCCCACUUCAGGGAAUUUAACAUGCCUUGAGGGGAAAGUGAUCAGAAGUCUGUUUAAAACAUGCACAAAUGCCUUUCUCAGAUGCCCGCCCACUUAGGGGUUCAGAAGUCCCUGAGGUGACAAACCCACCUUUGUGUGGCUGCUUUAAACUUGAAUGCUUUUAAUAAUUAUGAAUGCUUCAUUAUCUUCCCAGCUGGUUCCUUUGUAGCUUAUUGAGUUGUUUUAGAAGCCUUGUUGGGAGAUUUUGGAAUGUUUGUAAGCGCACUCGAUUAGAACCAUUUUCUUCCUUCUAAUAGAUACUAUGAUAAAAAAUAAGCCUAUUUGGACGUCCCGUCACUUGCACUGAUAUGUAUAUUUCAAAGUAAAGUGUGGCUAAGGUUGUAGCCGUAUGGUCAUAUUGUUGACAUGUUCUUCCGACUAGCACCAGCAACACUACAGCACUGCCGUCUUAUUUAUCUGUUAUAAGUCAAAGAUGGGGGACCUGUGGCCAUCCAUAUGUUGUUGGACUUCAGUGGAGUUGUCCAUCAGCCCUAGCCAGCAUACCAGUAGUUAGAGAUGAUGGAAGUUGUAGUGCAACCAUAUCUGGAAGUUCAUAGGUUCCACACCCUCGCUAUAAAUAUAUAACUAGCCUUUCCAUUUUAAAGUAUUUCAGUGGUUGAUAGCAUGAUAACAAGACUAUUGAACAGCUAAAAGGAGGUAGCAGAUAAACAGAUAGCAAAUACAGUGGUACCUCGGGUUACAUACACUUCAGGUUACAGACUCCGCUAACCCAGAAAUAGUACCUCGGGUUCAGAACUUUGCUUCAGGAUGAGAACAGAAAUUGUGCUCCGGCGGUGCGGUGGCAGCAGGAGGCCCAAUUAGCUAAAGUGGUGCUUCAGGUUAAGAACAGUUUCAGGUUAAGAACGGAUCUCCAGAACGAAUUAAGUACUUAACCUGAGGUACCACUGUAAAAUGCUAAAGAGAGAUGGGGAAAUGAGGUUCCCUGGGAAGGGAGUUUCAAAAUCUGGGUGCAGCUGUAUCCCAGCCAAACACAACUGUGAUGUUAGCAGGAUUCAGAAAAGAGUCUCCCCAAAAUAUCUUAAUAAGCAGGAGAAAGCAGUCCUUUAAGUAUCCUGGCUAGUGAUUUUUUAAAAUUCCACUUGACGCUUUUUCUUCUGCUGCAGUCUUCUAGAAAAGUGAUAAUGGGGACAAAAUGGAGAGCAAACAGAACAACUGAUGUGAAGUCAGUAGCUGGUCCCCCCCCCCCUCUUUCUAAAGGGUAUUGGUGGUCUUCAGGAAUGUUCCUUCUAAGCAUGUGCUAAAGGUCCAGAGUGAUUCAGUGUUUUAACUUUUAGUUGGGGAAAUGAAAGUGAAUAAAUAGUUCUGGAAACAAUGCCUUUGGAAAAGUGUGAGUCAUAGGGUCAGAUACACUUUGCUUUUCUACUGUUCUGUCAAUCAAUUAUUAAAUAAUUGCUCCGUUUAGGGGCUAUAACACAACCUGAACCAUAGUCUAGAGUUAUGGGAACUGGCCUGGCCUCUUUCAGGGCUUGCACUUUUCUCCUCCUAUCCUUUGACACAAUCGCAAAAAGGAGAUUGGAAGUUUCUGCUUUGGCAUUGCAUAUGAACCCUAAACUAUGGUUAACUUUAUGCUUUGUGGAACCAAGCCAUCUUUAUAAACUAUGGCAUAAAGUUGGUUUUUCCCCCUCUUACCAUAUUUAAGAUUAAACAUAGAUUCUUUUAAUUAUAGUUUAGUAUUGCCUCUGAGCCAGUCUGAAAUGUUUCAAGAACUCCCAAGAACUCUUGCUAUACACAUAUGCUAGCUCUGUCGGUAGAGCAUGAAACCUUUAAUCUCAGGGUCGUGGGUUUGAGCCCCUUGUUGGGUAAAAGAUUCCUGAAUUGCAGGGGUGUUGGACUAGAUGACCCUCGUGGUCCCUUCCAAUUCUACAGUUCUAUUAUCUGACCCAUGUUGUGGCCUCUGUUUCUGUUUUAGUGUUUGGUUGCGUACCCUUCAGCGGUCAAGCUCAUGGUAGAUCUGUCUGGGAAGAUGCUAAAGGGAAUUGAAAAGAAAACAGACCUUUCCCUUUUGUUAUCCAUAAAUGUUUUCAUUUCUGUGAUAUUUUUAGCGUACCUUUUGAGGGGUUGGUCUAGAAAUUGCAGGGUAGAAGAAUGCAUGGUCAAGGAUCUGUCUCUACACUGAGGAAAUGACUGUUUUCUCUGCAAACGCAUAUGUAUUAUCUCUGACUUUUGUAAACAGGAAUGAAAUAUUUUAUUAGCUAUAUUUACUAGUUAGGUUGACAGUGAACUUUUUGAAACACAAUACGUUUGUUUCACUUGUUUGACUUUAUUGUUAGUGUAUGUUUCAUUGUUUAUAAGGGACCAGAUAUUGUUAACCAACUUCAGAGGAAAGUUACUAAGAGUGGCUUCACAUGAACACAGCGGAGAACCCAUCAGCAAACUGAAGAAUUGUGCCACACUAAUGGAGGACCAGAAUCUCCAAGAUACAAUAUUCAUAGGAAAAUAGGCUUCCAGUAUAUUUACAGUAUAAAGACCCUGAUGUUGGGAAAGAUGGAGGGCACAAGGAGAAGGGGAUGACCGAGGACAAGAUGGUUGGACAGUGUUCUCGAAGCUACCAGCAUGAGUUUGACCAAACUGCGGGAGGCAGUAGAAGACAGGAGUGCCUGGCGUGCUCUGGUCCAUGGGGUCACGAAGAGUCGGACACGACUAAACGACUAAACAACAAAUAUUUACAGUCGUACGUUGGUUGCCAAACGCCUUGGAACUCGUAGAUUUUGGCUUCCGAACAAUUGAAAACCUCCUGCAGCCAAUCGGAAGCUGCUUCUUGGUUUUUGAAUGGUUCUGGGAGUCGAACGGACUCCUGGAACGCAUUCUGUUUGAGAACCAAGGUACAACUGUAUAUGGAAUAGAAAGGCCAGCCCCAUGUCCUGUUCUCCAUUAGUGUUUUGAUGUGAAAUGUGGUUAAUGAAGGGAGAUUGUCCAGUACUUUUGAGCUGCCAGUGGAAACACAUGUUGCUACUUUGGCAGAGUGUGAUUUGCAAAUGCAGUAUCUUCAGUGUUCUCUUGCUCUUCAUAGGAAAGCAUGGGAUAGCAACAACAUGUUUCUCAGAAUGAGGAGUAUAUUAGGGUCAAACAGGUCCUUCAGAAAUGAACAUACCCAGUCCUGUAUGUGUGAUAUGGGACUGAAGCAAUUAAAACUAUAUAUAGUGCAUCUCAGCAUGUUAGCAUUUGCCUUUUCUCUUUUUUAGGAGUAGUGAAUUGUUAUGCAUUUUCCCUUACAAUCUUAGCUUCUUGAUUCCUGGAGAUCUUAUGUGGUUGCUACUAAUGAUAUUAUGUUAAAAAUGCUUGUUCCACAGACAUUUACUAGGGUGAGAGAGAAAGGAAUUUUGGGUAUCCAAACUGCUCUUGAUCCACGUGGAGAAGGAUAAUUAAAUCACAUUCACUUUGUGAAGGGAAGAGUAGUUAGUCCAUAUACAAAGAAACCACCCAACAAUGCUGGGGAAUAAUUUUAUUGGAGAAAUAAGAAUGUUACCCACAGUUCUGGUUAUAAUGACACCAUUUAAAGUAACAGUGUUGUAUCACUAUAUACACCUUUAUGUUUGAUUGGUUAAUGCUAUUAAUGUUUCCUUAUAUUAAUGUUUUGACUUCAACCCAAUAAUGGCAAACUUUAAUUAUUUCUGCAUUGGAUACUUAUACACUGUGUUGUCUAUCAUUGUUGACAGAUAUGAUGGAAGAAUUGCAUAGCCUGGACCCACGACGGCAGGAACUGUUGGAGGCCAGGUUCACUGGAGCUGGCGUUGCAAAGGUUGGUAUCAGCACAGCUCACUGACCAAAAGCAUGUGCACACUCAGUAAUCUUUCAUUUGAUGCUUGGUGGACUUCUAAUAAUCUAGAUUGUCAAUUUUUGGCAUCUUUUGCUUGCCGUCAUGGGGAUGGAGAACACUGCUGAAGCAUAAUGUAUGUAUGACCUCUAAAUGUUCAGAAAUCAAACAUACUUCGAAAAUAAUCCGGCAUUUCAUGACCUCUGCAGCUUGUUUUGGAGUUGAUGUGAAAAGUUCAUAAUAUAUGAGCAGUGAGCAUUAGUAGAAGUUGAAUGCUUUUUAUCAGUUGAGUAAUGAACUUAUCUGGGAAGCUUGAGAAGUUACCUUCUCACACAAUGCUAGACAUUCCUAUAACUAAAGUUUCUUUUCUGUUCUUAUAUCAAGUAUCUGCUUUUGGUAACUUCUUUCAUUCUUUGUUUUAAAUCCCACAUCAAUGUUGAUGGCAUUCUCUUCCGUCAGCCAUCUCUAGUUCUCUCAGGUUUCUUCUGUUUUCACUAGCAUAUCAUAACAUCAUCCAAACUAAAUGUUCAAGACUGAAUUGCUCUGUGUUCUAUCUUAUUUUUAUGGAUGGAGUUGCAUGUUGAAUUGGUUGCAAAAAUGGGAUCCUGACAUUCUUGGGAUUCUUAGAAAAACAGCCCUCAGCGACAAUAACAACUAUAAUUGGUUUUUAAAGUGCCUUAGGUUUUAUAGGUGCUUCGGAAAGAUUCAAAAACUACAACCCCUGCUCUUGGUCUUAUAGUAUAAUGCAAUACAAAAUAAAAGGCAAAGGCAACAACAAAAUAAAAGGUAAACUAGCACCAGUUCUUCAUAGUUCUAAAUUCUUACAGUAGAUACAGAUUAUAUAAAUGCAAAUGUUAGUGAAAGGUGAGUGUGGUAGUCCUCUGAGGCUAGAGGAGAGCUUGCAUGUGAUAAUCCUUGGGUAGUACUCCUACUCAGAGUAGACCCAUUGAAGUUAAUUGACAUAACUAAUUUAGAUUCAUUGAUAUCCGUGGGGCUAAUCUGAGUAGGAUUUAAUUGAAUACAACCUCUUGCUAUCUGUGUGCUUAUCCAUGACAGCUGCUGCUCACCCUAGGCAGGUAGCAAAUAAGUCUGUGUUACAUAGUUCCCAUCACAGACAUGUUGCUAGCCUGCCAAUAAUAGACUGGAGCAGGCAUAGGCAAACUCGGCUCUCCAGAUGUUUUGAGACUACAGUUCCCAUCAUCCCUGACCUCUGGUCCUGUUAGCUAGGGAUGAUGGGAGUUGUAGUCUCAAAACAUCUGGAGGGCCGAGUUUGCCUAUGCCUGGACUGGAGGAUUGUUGAAACAAAGUUUUUGUAGACCAUAUUUGAUUUGGAACUGUCAUCACUCGCUUUGGGUUUCAUUAAGUUUGAUUUUAUGUGCAGCCAAGUUUAGUGUAUUCAUUUUUGCUCCAUUAAAUCUUGUCAUGAGCUUAUCAUUUGGCUGCAGUAUUUCAAGAAGGGUUUUUUUUUUAAGCUUGCGUCUUGGGCUUUCUUAGUGAAAACAUUUGGGGAAUUAAUAAAACAAGGCAGUCUUGUGCCCCCCCUAAAAAAACAAAACAGCUGGGAAUUGGGGGACAAUCAGGAAUGUCAUGCAGUUUUGGUUCACAUGACUGCAAUGAAGGUGGAAUUGGCAACGCCUCCUUACCUCUUUGAGGGACAGUUUCUUAUCUUAAUUUUAGGUCUAAUUUUGAGGUCCAGGUUGCUCCACUUCAAAGAAAGAAAGAAAAAGAUUCAAAUUCCCGAGAUGGCCAAAAUGGUACUAUUUUGGUAUUUUAUUAAUAAUAAUGGUGUAUACAUUUUGUUGUUAUUAUUUCAACUUAUUAGUUGCUUGGCAGUAAAAAGUCUCCAAGCAAUUUACAAAAUGAGAAAGCAAAAUGCAAAGCAUACGAUGAGAAAAAGAGCAAUCCAUUGCAGUAAAAACCAUACAAUACAAACAAAUCCAAUAGAGCAUCAGCAAAAAACGUACCAUCAAUAGUCAGCAAUAUCAUCCUCAUUUGUCAAGUAGCUGGGAGUAGAGAGAUUUUACCUGGAGCUGGAAGCGUGUUAAUGAUGGCACCAGGUGGGCAUCACUAGCAAAUGUUGUACUUAACACAAAUCAACCUAGCCGCUGUGUAUGUUCUGGAGCUUCAUGUUCCUUUAUGUAGUUAUUCUAAACUUCUUCAAGGGAAAUAUGAUGAACUAAAUCCCCCACUUUCUUUCAAAGAUCUCAUUGCUGUUGGUUCAUGUGUAUAGUCUCUCAAGUCUUUGUAACUCUUCUGUUAUUAGUCUGUGCGUUGACUUGCAUGUCAACAUUAACCUUACUUUAACAAUUAAAUUUGCCAGCCAGAUCCAUCUGAGACUCCCAAACGUAAAACAUUCCCACGGUAUUACAAAGGUAUUAUGGGAAAACUUCACGUUACUAAAAAUACACAAAUUAUUGUUAAGAAACAGAUAAGUCCACCAUCUUUUGAAGAGUUUUUGAAUGAAUAGGAUAUGGUUGGUGAGAUAAGCUUUUGUGUGUGAACUGAAAAGGCACUUAGGGGGAACUAGCCCUAUUUGCCGAGCCGAGCCUUUUCCCUGAUGUAUUAAUCUGCAAGAAUUUUUUGGGUUAGUUAUAUGAGGCCCUCAUCUUAGAUCUGAAGUAACAUAGUCAAGACACAAGUAUACCACCUGAGUGGAGUUUAAGGCCAAAGUAUUCAUGUGUGUUUCUCUGCAACCAGAAGGACAUUUUUAUUUAGUGCUUGGGCAUCUGGUGCAGUUCUACUGUACAGCUUGUUGUGUAAUUGUAGCCAAUUCUUCCUUGUAUAUAAAGAUAGGAAUUGGCACUUAGGUGAGAAUAUUCCAGUUGCUUGAGACUCCUGUUGGUAAUGGGAGACAUAGGUACAGUGGUACCUCGCAAGACGAAAGAGUUUUUCGUUUUUUGAGUUGCUUCGCAAGACGAAUUUCCCUAUGGGCUUGCUUCGCAAGACAAAAAACGAAAACGUCUUGCAAGUUUGUUUCCUUUUUCUUAAAACCGUUAAUACCCAGGGUGACUUCGAGGAGCAACUCAUAGCACGCGGUGUGGUAGCCUUUUUUGAGGUUUUUGAAGACUUUGGUGAUUUGGAAGACUUUGGGAAACCGUGCUUCGCAAGACGAAAAAACUCGCAAGACAAAAAAACUCGCAGAACGAAUUAAUUUCGUCUUGCGAGGCACCACUGUAUUUAUGCUCUGAUGGCUACCCAGAGAUUAAUGUUUUUCGUUUUCCCAGGACCACUGCAGGGUCCUUCAAUUUUUGUAUAUCUAUUCUCAGCAUAGAUAUAAUAGGCAUGCCACCUUCCUGUUUGGUGUACUGUUCGAUCUUUUUCUUUUAAAGGAUUUGAUUUGACUUUAAUAUUGUAUAAUUAUUGCAUGGUUGUAGCCCAUCCUGCGAUCUUGUAGUAAAGGGUGGGCAAGAAAUCUGUUUAAAUAAAUAACAUCCUUCCCCACUAGGAACUGAUGGCAGUGGUGCCCAACAUAAUGUCAGGAUGCAAGUGUCCUUGUGUCACCAGUGCUCCUUAAAAGCUUUUACAUCAGUUUUUACACAAACAGGUUUAAUCAAGUAAAUGCAAGUUUUGUUUUAUCCUAAGCUUAUAGCAUGGGGAGGCAAACUAAGGCCCAGGGGCCGGAUCAGGCCCAGUCACCUUCUAAAUCCGGCCCGCGGACUCAGCUUGUUUUUACAUGAGUUGAAUUUUAUUUAUUUAAAAUGCAUCUCUGGGUUAUUUGUGGGGCAUAGGAAUUCGUUCAUCCCCCCCCCCAAAAAAAUAUAUAGUCUGGCCCCCCACAAGGUCUGAAGGACAGUGGACCGACCCCCUGCUGAAAAAGUUUGCUGACCCCUGGCUUAUAGUCUUUGGUUCAGGUGGUAGGUACCCUGGAAAUACUUUUUGCAUCCAGUACCAGAAGUGGAUAUGGGAAGGGAACUGCACACGUGCAAAGAAACCAGGAGCUAGUUAGCACCAACAGAAUUUCCUGUGAUAGGUUUUGGCACUAUGCUGUCCAGCAUUAGAACUGAGAUUUUGUAAAUGCACCAAAGAAAGACACGAUUACUUUAAUUUCUCAUUUGUAGACAGUUCAUUGCACUGAAAAGGGAUGCAACAAGUGUGUGUGUGUGUGUGUGUGUGUGUGUGUGUGUGAUGCUUUUCUGGGGAGUUAUAACCAUCUUCAGCAUAUGUAAAUAUACUUUUGCUUUUUUGUCUGUUUCGCCAGGGGCCCCUGAACAGUGAAUCUUCCAAUCAGAGUUUGUGCAGUGUGGGCUCACUAAGUGACAAGGAGCUGGAAGUAAGUGAACCUGGUGUUUACUGGACAGCCUGUCCUGGGGUCAAACCAGAAGAUACCUGAUUACUGUCAACUAUGUGAAAAUAGUCAGGGUUCCAUUCCAGCAGGAGAAAAUAUGCCACCUUUUGGACUCUCUAAUUCCCUGCCAUGCAAAUAGCCUCAACAAAACUCAAACAAUUUAGCCCUCGGGAAGGUGCAAGGCAGUGAUCUUAACUCUCAAGUGCCUUGCAGUCUUCCUUAAUGGAGUUAAUUCAUUUUUGGUGUAAUACUUGCUGUUAGUGGGGUUGCAGUGGUCACUGAUUUUUUGUUCCCCGGUAUCAAAGAGGGGAAACAUAACCCUCUGUGUUUACAAACUGAGAAGUCUUCCAGGGGGUUUUGAAUUUCUUAGUGUGCUUUGAUGCUGAGAUAUCUGCAGAAAUUGAUUUGGGAUUUGUUUUUCUCCCCCUUAAGACUCCAGAAAAAAAACAGAAUGACCAGCGCAACAGGAAGAGGAAAGGGGAAUCCUUUGAGACCAACCAAGGUAAGCUGUGCUUUAGGCCCCCUAAUUAGGAUCUCCAAACAUUCAGUAAUGAGCACAGUUGUUUGAGAAUUCUAUUUUCCCUUGAUAUCAUUGAGUCUGACUCAAAGGUGUAUUGGGCAACUUGUUAUGAUCUUGAGCUUGGAGCAGCACCCUUCCCUUCAGGGAAAAUUUGCCGUCUGCAUUAUAAGACAAACAGUUUUAGUCCUGAGGCGGUCUUAUUGCAAUUUUCACCUGCAUCUGUUUCACUACAUGCACAUGUCACAUUUGGGCAUGGUUUUCCAGUGGCUGCUUGGCAAAGAUAGUCACUUGCAGUGAUCACACAUCUCUGUCACACAUGAUUGUCACAAAACUUGAGGCACUGAAGUACUUCCAUGUAAAAAUAAAAAUAAUGGUUGAAAUAGCCCCUAGGAAUCUAUCAGAAGUUGGUAUAUCGGAGAAUGUAGACCUAAAUUGUGAGGAAGAGUAAAAAAUUUCCCUUUCUGAUGCUUCCUUUCUUAAGUGGUCAUUUUUGGUGUUGACAAAUCACCCAGAAGCACCUAAUCCCAAGAAUCAUAUGGAGCAACCUUUGCAUAGUCUGGAAUCAUGGCCCAUACUGAUGACACUUCCUUCUCUGGCCCCAUUAUGGUUGCUCCUUAUCCACCCACUUCUACCAUGUCUUCCCGCAUCCAUCCUCAGUUUCUUUUAUGUGCCUCUUCCUUUUUUUUAUAAUAAUUUUUAUUAAUUUUAACAUAUAAAUUAUAGUACAUACCACAAAACUUCACCACAUAUACAGUCUUUUUUUGGAUUUCCAUCAGCACCUCUGCUGAUCCACCGUUUUGACCACUUCUUAUGCAUUUCUUAAAUUCAUAUUGCCCUUAAUUAUCUUAACUAACCAUCCUCCCCUUUAUACAUUUUUGCGAUAGUUCCAAUAAUUCACCUCACAAAACUUCUUGCAAACCUACAAACGUAGUCUGAUCAUCACAAUUACUUUUCAAAUAGUCUGUAAAUUUACGCCAGUCUUCUGUGAAUUUCUGGUUCCGCAGAUUUCGAAUCCUUCCUGUUAGUUUAUCUAGUUCUGCAUAGUCCACUAAUUUCAUCCUCCAUUCUUCUUUCGUCGGUAAUUCUUCUUGCUUCCAUUUUUGUGCCAAUAAUAUUCUUGCUGCCGUUGUUGCAUAUAAAAACAGCUUAUAUUCUUUUCUGUUUAUAUCACUUCCUACAAUGCCCAGUAAAAAUGCUUCUGAUUUAUUUAUAAAUGUAUAUUUCAACAUUUUUUUCAUCUCAUUAUAUAUCAUUUCCCAGAAGCUUUUCACUUUUUUACAUUCCCACCACAUGUGAUAAAAUGUUCCUUCUUUUUCUUUACAUUUCCAACAUUUAUUGCUAACUUUAUACAUUUUAGCUAAUUUAACAGGUGUAAUAUACCAUCUAUACAUCAUUUUCAUCACAUUUUCUUUUAAGGCAUUGCAUGCAGUAAACUUUAAACCCUCUUUCCAUAAUUUUUCCCAAUCACUCAGCUGUAUAUUAUACCCAAAAUCUUUAGCCCAAUGAAUCAUAACCGAAUUUACCUCCUCAUCCUUCAAAUGCCAUUCAAGCAGCGAUUUAUGUGCCUCUUCCAAGAACCUUUGAACUCAUGCACACACAUUCUUUGAGCUCUUGUCAGUUGUACCUCCGUUGCCACUUGCUCCUUUUGCUGUUCUGUGUGUGCUCACAUGCACACAUGUCUUUGUCCUUUUCUCCAACAUACUUUUGGGGGAGCGACAGAGAAUCUUUGAGAAUAAGUGUUGCAUUUCAGAUAGUCCCUUGGUAACUAUCCCGGAACUGUGUCGUUUCAGAGGUUGGUCCUAAUUGGUAUUCAUUCUGCAUCAACACAGAGGCUCUGUCUCAUUCUAGUCUACUACUCUGACACACACCAUCUGAAGUGUGAGGAGGGAGUCCUCCUAAAAUGUAGCUGUCAUUUACAUGAAAAGUACAUGCACAAUCCUCACUUAAAGAAGGAAGCCAGCUGUGCAGGAUCCUUUUUUCCCCCCUCACAAAAAACAUCAAGAGUCUUACAUGUUAAGAGGAGCAGAAUGCUACAGCACAUGGACAGCUGAGUCUGCAAAUUCCCUUAUAAUAAACAGGCACAUCCAUAAUCUUUGGUACUACCCAAUUCCCUUCUUAUCUCAAAACCAAGACAAUUUUUAAAAAGAAGAAUUAAACCCUGAAGCAUGAGAGUGUUUUGAUUUUGAAGGUUUAAUACCAUCUGUUUUUUUUUUCCUUCCAGGCAAAGUCACUCCAAGGGGACAUAAAAUUAGUGAUUAUUUUGAGGUAAGCCAGUUUUACAUGUAACUUUUCAGAAAACGAUGUCCUUGCAAAUUCUUUCCAUGUAGGUUAGAGACAGGGACUCUUCUAAAUAAUAUGUAAACAUCUUAGAGAGGGGGCCCCUUGCAGUUAAAUGACUAAAUUUUCUAGGGAACUGUCUUCUUUAUAUUUUUAAAACAGUUUUAGGGCAAAAAAACCCAGAUCUUGAUUGUAGCUGUUCCCUUGUGUGCAUAGUUUUCUGUGCCCCAGUUUCUAUGCACCUGUGCAGUGUGCUUUGCUCUGUGAAACUUUCACAGUGUUUCCAUGAACUUACUGGUCUACUUUUUUUGUCCCCUCCAAAUUUUAGUUUGCUGGGGGAAGCGGUCCAGGAACAAGUCCUGGAAGAAGCGUGCCACCUGUUGCACGAUCAUCGCCACAGCAUUCCUUAUCAAAUCCUUUACCUGUAAGUAUUCACUCAAAGGGACAGAAUGUGGGCUUUUGUGAGUAAUGUGGCACCCUGAAAAGGGUAUCAUUUCUAUAUUUUUUUUAUUAAAGCUCAUUAUGAACUUCAAAUUUAAGCAAUGUUUACAAACCUAAUAGGUGGUGAUUCAGAAAUCCUUGCUGGUAGUGCAAAGCUUCCAGGGUUCAGGUAUUGGGAUCUGAAUGCUCCCCUUAACAUUCCUUCUACCUGAAUUCUUACUCCCGCUGUCUUUGCUGUCUGUCUAACCCAGUGUUGGGCUCUGUUUGAUUAAGGUGUGUGUGCAGUAGCUAGGCAGCAGGUAAUCUUCAAAGGAGGAGGCUCAUACAUACGAACGAGAUGUGGCAGGAACUAUAUUUCUAGAAGAGUGAAGGCCAAUCAAAAGUUGAAAACCACCAUGACUCAACAUUUCAAGGGCAUAGGGCAAGAUAGAAAUCUUCUUAGCACUGCUUUUCCUUCUCCUGCCCAUGUAAAAUUUAAUGGCAGUGUCUGUUAUCCAUUGCUGUAAAUAACUACACAGAAAUGACAAGUGUGUCCACCUAUGUGUGUGAUUUUGUCAUAAGGUAGCUUGAGCUAGAAGUACCAUUACUAACCCUAGGACAAAUAAUUUAACAAAGAGGUUUGGUUUGACCACAUCACCAUACCUUUCUGUGUCUUUGUAGGUUUUUUUAAAGGAUUCUAAAUUGCUCAGGAACAAGUUUUAGAAGAGGCAGGUUAGGGAAGUUAUGGGUUUGCCCCAGAGGGGAAUGGGACUACCAUGAUGGCAAAUGGAGGUAGAUAUGGAGGCAAACAAAGAUAUACAGUGGUGGGGAGUGCUUGUUACAUCAAAGCCCUUGCUCCCUCUGCUUUUCCUGCUGUGCUUCAGAGUCGGGGGUUGCCAGUCAGCUCACCUGGUGGUGGUGGUAACUGCCAAGUCUGUCCAGAAUAAAACAUCUGUUGUCCACAAUUUAAUAGCAGGGGCUGAGUUGGCAUUCAUAACUGAGAGCUGGGCAGAUGAGCUUGGUGGCUGUAUGCUACUGCAGCUACCCACCUGGGUACUUGCUGCAGCACCGUUCAGGUCAGAGGGGCGGUGAGGGAGAGUCAGAAUCAUCCUCACUAGGAGGACAGUCCACACUGUUUCUGAAUUUGAGGGAAUGUUUGUGGCAUUGGGCGGAACAGGGAUUUUGUUGGUGUGGCAUUCACCUCACUGCAUUACAGCCUUCCUAACUGAGCUGACAGAGGUAAUCUGAGAUGUGGAAAAUCCAUGGUUCUAACUAUGGAAAGGGGGCAUACAAAUAAAAUGAUGGAGGUUGGGGGGGGGGGAAUGACAGCUCCUAAAUUGUGGAAUUCCCUCCCCACAUAGGUGCAUCUGGCACCUUUCUUGGAUAUGUUUUGUUGUAUGCUGAAGUCGCACCUGUUUACCCUAUCUGUUGACACUACAUUUUAAGACCCCCUCUAGUUGUGAUUGCAAUUUGUUUCAAACUGUCUUCGAGCUGCAUUUUAUAUUGCUGUAACCCACCCUGAAACCUUCUGGAAGAGGGCACGUAAUAAAUCAUAUUUUUUUUAAAGAUACCUUAAAACCAUAUCUAGUACUUGUUUUUACAGUUUACUCAGCUGGAAGAAUGGAAAAGGAAUUGUUUAUUACAACCUCAAUUGCACAUUUAUCUUCUGCAGGAUAUACAGUGGUACCUCAGGUUACAUAUGCUUCAGGUUACAGACUCCGCUAACCCAGAAAUAGUGCUUCAGGUUAAGAACUUUGCUUUAGGAUGAGAACAGAAAUCGUGCUCCAGCAGCAUGGCAGCAGCAGGAAGCCCCAUUAGCUAAAGUGGUGCUUCAGGUUAAGUACAGUUUCAGGUUAAGAACGGACCUCUGGAACGAAUUAAGUACUUAACCCGAAGUACCACUGUAAUAUUCUCAAAAAGUCAUUCUGUACAUGUAGACUGAGCAAGUGUGUAAUUGUUAUGUGCAUGCGUGUUGACAAAUGACAGGGUCAGCUUUUAACUUCAUCCUUUUUAGGAGGUAUGGUGUAUGUUUUUCCCAAUGUUGUAUACAUAUAUCAUUGGAAGGAUGUCCUGUUUUCUGUUUUUAUAGGAAACAUUUGCAAGGUUUGGGUUUGGUUUUUUCAGGGCCCAAGCUGAGCAUGGUAGAGAUGAGCACACACUACUGGGUCUAGAGGAUCUAGCCUGGACUAGCCUCAUUUUCCCCCUCGUGGUGAAGUGCUGAUCAUGCUUGAAGUUCAUCCAAGCUUAUUUCCCUGUAUCUGUGUGUCUGUAUAAUAUGCCUAGUUUUUGUAAGAAGCGUUAGAGCCAAUCAGAAGCAGGGUUAGAACAAGUAACAGUGAGCUGUUGUUCCAGGCCCCCCUCUAGAAUGAUAGGGAACUUCAGCUCAUGUCAUUUGAGAGACAAAGGUAUGCCACACUAUCUCAAAAAACUACAAGUCCCCUCCUGUGCAGGCAGGAGGUAUGAAUAAGGAUGUGGCAACCAAGAAGCACCAUUAAAAAUUGGGUGCAGUGGUAGUCAAGUAAUGCUGAUAGAAUUUGCAGGUUCCCAAACGUAUGAGAGUAAAUAGACCCCAUGUCAUUUCACCGUAUAGGAAAACUGGCAAUGGUACUAGACGUCAUUCAUGAACAGGGAAAAAGGACUAAAGCAUAUUUGUUAAUGCCAAUGAACCUAGAUCUGGCUGUUCAUUCAGAUCAAGCAACCAGAGAUGUAAGACGAUUAAGCAAAGGGAACUAAAAGAAGCUGAAUGACACCAAUCAACCUUACAUGUUUUAAAGAGUUGAGGCCUUUCUUUGUCACUUCUUCAAAAGAGACAAGUCUGGGGGCAGGGUGUGUGUGUGUGUGUGUGUGUGUGUGUGUGUGUGUGUGUAAGUAAGAGGAUGGUCCAUGUUGCAAGUUUGCACCAACCCAGAGAAAUUAAUGCUUGGCAGUCUCUUCCAUCAUAUUGUAAUGCCUUUUUCCCUUCUGUUCUCAUUCAAUACAUAGAGAUAAGUUUUGCCUGGACAAGAGGAGACUUGGGUGGGGGUAGAAUGUGAUAACAACACUCCUCUACCUGAUAGACUAUUCUAUCAGAAAGGGUAAAAACUUGUUCUCUGCUGCCACAGAGAGCAGGACAAGAUCUAACAGGUUCCAGUUAAGAGAGGGUACAUUUUGGUUGAACAUUAGGAGAAGCUUCUUAACAGUAAGAGCAAUACAGCAAUAGAACUAAAUGCCUGUGGUGUAGCAUUUGGAGGAGAGGUGGUUGGGAAGCCUGUGAGUCUGAGGCUCGGUACUUUUCUUCCACCUAAUACCAUAGGUUUCCAUUGUGCCCAAAAAGGUGCAAAGGCAUCAGGGACUGCGUCUUUUAUUUUCCUAGUAGUAAUGGGGCCGCUUUUGGUAGCUAGAUCACACGCUUCCUCGCUCCCUCCCAUUGCUUCUCCUCGCUGUUUCCAAGCUGCCGUAUUUACUAAUGCAUGGAUCAGAUUUGUUAUCUAUGACCCUACUUCUCCCUCCUUCUUUUCUCUUCAAAGUAUCUUGUGGUUUUCUUUAAAUGUAUUACAGCGGCGAAUGGAGCAGCCGCUUUACGGGGUAGACAACAGCGCAGCCAAGGAACUGCAGGAGGAUCACUCUGCUCUGCCAACGCUGGUGUCGGCGAUGCUGGCGAAACAGCGGCUAGAGGGCGAGCAGCUGGCCCAGAGGGGUGCAAGCCUCUGUUUUCCAUUUUCUUCGGUGAGCAUGGUCUUAAUGGCCACACUCAAGGGGGUCUGAAUGGGUCUGACAUGGGUGGAUAGCAUCCAAUCCCCCCCCACAUCUGUAUGGCCCCCUUAUUAGAAUCUCAGGUUUCUUUCUUUUUCUUCAAAUUCUAGUCCUCAGUGGUUGCAGCUUGUGACAGCAAAACUAGCUAAAGGUUUUAGCUUUUCUUUUUUUCUUUAGGAAGUACUCUUCCCCCAAACCCUACUUCAUUGACUCCCACCUUGAGGUACUCCUUUCUCUGGGGCCUCCUCUCCCUCCCAUUUUCCUUGCUUUACCUCUCUCCCAUCCCUUCAUGGUGAUGAAAUGGAGCUCCAGCUCUUCAUGGUGAUGAAAUGGAGCUGCCCAUUUCUAAAUGGAACACAAAUUGAAGUUUAGAGAAUCACAGCUUUUCCAGUUCUCAUGAUUUGAAAGACCAAUAUACUAAAGUUUUUUUUUUUGUUAUUUAAUGGUUUCAUCUUCAAGAUAUGGUAGCAUAGUCAAUUCUUUUGCAGGAGUGGCUCAGUGGCCAUCACAUGUAAGUUCGGCAUGUUGAUUAAACUAGUAAGUAGCAACUAAAAUGGGCAAGAUGGCUUCCAAGGUAGCGCUUGGCUUUGAACAAGUUGUGUGCUCCUUUACUCCGACAAUUACAUCUUCAGAUUGUGAAAUGUAACCUAAUCUUAUUUAGAAGGCCAAGUGCUUCAACUUUAAAAUGUUUAUUUCUCAUGAUUCACACACCCCUCUUUUCUGCAGUGUCUCCUAAGAUUCCACAUUGAAAUGCAUCCAUAGAAAGAAUCUGUUAGCCUGUACAGGCUUAUUAAUUGCAAAGCAAAUUGCAUUUCUAGGGUUGUCAUUCGAGCCUCUUAGCUCCAACAGCUAAAUCUUUGUGUCACUGCCCCAGACCCCAGGCAUUUGCCAAAGAAAUGCAUUCAAGACUUUACAAACAAUUCAUUUUCUUAAAAGCAUUUUGGCUCUUUUCCUGGAAAUGAUCUCUAAUGUGCUUUUUAAAUCAUCUUAACUGUAGGUUGGGUCCAGAUGUAGUUAGCUGUUCAUUUUGUCCCAUUGCAAUCAAGGGGAUUUAAUUAGUCAUGACUAGCUUAUCCCAUUGAUUUAAUGGAAAUAAAGUGUGACUUAAUCAGGACCUAGCCCCGUGCAUGUGAUCAGACAGACUUUUAAACAUAAGAACAUAAAAAGAGUCUGCUAAAUCAGGCCAGUGACAAGCGUCCUAUUCUCACAGUGGCGGAACAGAUGCCUAUGGGAAACCAGCAAGCAGGAUUGAAGCACAAGAACACUCUUCCCAACUGGUAUUCGGUAGCAUUGCUGCCUCCAACAGUGGAGACCAUAGCCAUCAUGGCAAGAAGCCAUUGAUAGCCCUGCGCUCCAUGAAUUUGUCUAAUUCUCUUUUAAAGCCUUUGAAGUUGGUGGCCAUCACUGCCUCCCGUGGGAACUGCGUUGUGUAAAGAAGUACCGUAUUUUUUGCUCUAUAAGACUCACUUUUUCCCUCCUAAAAAGUAAGGGGAAAUGUGUGUGUGCGUCUUAUGGAGCGAAUGCAGGCUGCGCAGCUAUCCCAGAAGCCAGAACAGCAAGAGGGCUGCUCAGCGAUCGCUCCUGCUGUUCUGGCUUCUGGGAUUCAGAAUAUUUUUUUUUCUUAUUUUCCUCCUCUAAAAACUAGGUGCGUCUUAUGGUCUGGUGCGUCUUAUAGAGCGAAAAAUACGGUACUUUCUUUUAUCUGUCCUGAAUCUUCCAACAUUCACCUUCAUUGGAUGUCCACAAGUUCCAGCGUUACGAGAGAGGGAGAAAAACUUUUCCCUGUCCACUUUCUCCAUGGCAUGCAUAGCUUUAUAAACUUCUAUGAUGUCACCGCUUGCUCGCCUUUUCUGUAAAAUAAAAAAUCCCAAACAUAGCUACCUUUCUUAAUAGGGAAGGGAACCUGCAGCACCCUGGCUCUGUUACUGCUGAUGUUAAUUCUAUUUCCUUGGAAAUAUGAAACCUGCUGCCUAUCAGAAUUGACAGCACUCAGCUAGGCAAGAUAAGAUUGCUUUCUUUAACCUUAGGUAACAGCUGGGAAGAGUGUGUGUUUGACAUAAUGCUUUGCCAUCCUAUUAAUUUACAGCCCAUGUCCUUCAUUUACUCCUUUUCCUGCAGGCCCAGCAAGGCAGUCCUUCUUCAACGGGUUCAGGGAACACAGAGCAUUCCUGCACCUCCCAAAAACAGAUUUCCGUCCAGCAUAAACAGACACAGGUAUAAAACCGAUGAACAAUGUACUGCAAUGUCUGUGUUGUAUCUUGCUUGAGUCAAACACGUAUCAUUGGAGAAAUAAUGGAGGGCAAUGAGGUAGUGACAUAGCUAUGCCAGAAGAAGGCUAAUGUUUAUUCCAUUAUCAAUUGUUUCCUUCUAAGUGCCUUCAGCCUUAGGGAUAUUGUUGGCUUAUUCAAAACAAUGUGUUUUGGUCAGCAAAUUUCCAGAGGAGAUGCUAUUUUUCUUGCCUCCAGCCUCCCACCAUUGUCAUGUUCCUCUUUUCCCCCCCAAUGAUAGACAAAGUUGUCUUUUAUUUUGCUGUUCAUUUGUUUAUUUUAAAAUGCUUCUGUCCUUCAACCCUAACUCCUUUUGCAAAAUGGGUAUUCAUGGUGCACGCGGUCUGAACAAUUCUGAGUGCUGUGAUCUGCAUCUGGCGUUUCCAACACAUGCAUCACCAUCCCCAAAAGAAAGAAUCUGCCUGCACAUGGGAUUUCCAUGUGUUCUUCAAAAUUCCUAUUCAUACCAAGAGGCCUCUGAUCAGGGCAACCAUAUAAAAUGAUGGCUUUCAAACUUUUAGGACCCUUUCAGAUGGAUUUUUCUGCUGAGGAUCCCAUAUGCAUCUGCUGCGGAGUCCCUUUAAAUUGUAAAUGCCUCUGGGAUGUGCAAGGAGGGGUCCCCAGCCUUUGGGGCUACACCAUUGCACUGUGGAGGUGAGACAGCUGCCCAGAACUCACCCUUCUGGUUAUAUAACGGAGGGGAAAUUUGGUGUUGGUGGACAAGCUGCCUUUCAGGGAAACGAGUCCCCAGAUUCUGAUCUUCUCAUUGAAGACGAUAGGAUCUUGUGAAACCCAGCCGUGGUUUCAGUUUUUAAGCUUUGUGGCAGUGUUGCAUUUUGAAAAGGUGACCAACCGAAAAUAGGUAGAAAAAGACCCAAUACCCCCUGAAAGGUAGGCUGCUUUUCUGAGGGGAAAGUGGCUUGCUCAAAGGCACACCAUUUUGGAUGGAUGUAACACGCUUUGGGAGGAGCGUGAUUAAAAUGUUCAUAGGCAAUGUCUGCAAAAGGCAUGUCAGCUCCACACACAGUCAUACCCACCCUGCCUCUCAUACCCUUUAUAGAUUUAGUGUGCUGAGUGACAGUGGUGUGAUUCUGUUUCCCCCACAAAGUUUCAGGGAAUACAAACUAUGCCCUAAGAUAAAGGUGAGGAACCUGCACCAUCCAGAUGAUGGUGGACUACAUCUCCCACCAUCCCAAACCAUUAGCCUUGCUGUCUGGGGUUAAUGGGGGUUAACACCUGGAGGACCACAGGUUCCCCGGCCUGUAUGGCUUGUUGCUUGCUUUUCCCCCCAUGACCCCACAUCACUGGGAUUAGAAUGGAGUUUUGCCAGCUUUGCUACACUUGGGAAAUCUCAGCUCUUUUUUCCCCUUAGGGACUAGAGAAGGCUUUUAUGACAGAUGUGAAAAGAUUUCAGCUCCAGCUGUACCAUUUGCCUGAUGUUUUGGUUUGCCUUUUGUAAGGGAAAACAUUUUCUCCAUAAUUUCAGGUUGUUCCAUUCAUUGGUCACGAAGGAACAAAAGACUCGUGUUUGACAUGCUUUUUUGUCCUUGAAACACCCAAUCACUUCUUGGGUGAUUUUUCUCAUUGAGCUCUUUCCCUCUUCCUCCUGCAGUCUGAUCUCACGGUAGAAAAAAUAUCUGCACUAGAAAACAGUAAGAACUCUGACCUGGAGAAGAAAGAAGGCAGGAUAGAUGACCUAUUGAGAGUAAGUACACCUGUAAACUCUUCUAAAAAUAAUAAUACUUUUUUAACGCAUAGAGCGGUAAUGUAAAGUGAGAGAAUGUAUCUAUAACAUAGGGAACUUGUUAGUAUAAUGGGAUUAAAUUGUAGAUGGGCUAGGAUUUCUUGAAGCACCCAACCAUGUUCUUGCAGAACCUGAUUAUUCCAAUGAAGAAUUUGUUUUCUAUUCAAACAAAGAACCCUUUAAAAAAAUAUAUAUAUUCUUAUGACUACACCACUUAAUACAAAUGUGAAAUGACUAAAAUUCCUCCAUGGCCCAACAGUUGAACACUGUGGUGCCUUCUAUGUUCUCUGGUACUAUAUUUUGACAACUACAGCAUCUUCAUCAUUUCCCUCUCUGCCUGCAUGCCAUCCAGGUGAGAUUUUGGCUGUUCUCUGUUUGGCUACCUGCUUAGCAUUACUUCUAUUUUCAGGCAAAUUGUGACUUAAGGCGACAGAUAGAUGAACAACAGAAAAUGCUUGAGAAGUACAAAGAACGGUUGAAUAGAUGUGUGACAAUGAGCAAGAAGCUUCUUAUAGAAAAGGUAAGUUUUGGCUUCCGAAUUGCCCUUUACAACCUUCUCACCUUUGCCCUCUUCUCUCCUCCCAGCCCUUCAGUUCUGUGCAUUUUGUUGGAACUUGUAUCCUGCUGUAACUUGCAUACAUUAAUCGGAGUAAGGAUUGCACAAAUGUAUUGGGUCCACGAGGACAUUGUUUUAUCAUACUCAUAUGGACAUGCAUGCAAAGGUACCUAUUAUACUGAGUCAGAUCGGCUUGAGUCCACCCUGGCACUUUCUGCAAAACACUUUCUCUGCUUUUGAGCUACAGUCCCCCUCCAAAUUUUUAUUGUAGUAUAACUACCACCAUCUUUUAUGAGCAUUGCUUUUGAGUAUGCCCCUUCCUAGUGACUUCCGCUAUAUCCUGGAGACCCACUGAAAAUCCUAAUUCAGACCUUGUCACAUGGAGGUGCAUUUAGAACAAAUGCUCACCAUCACCAAAAGUUAUUUUUGGGUUGUGGACUCAAAUUUGUAAUGACAUUUACAACACUAGAGAGGUGAGCAGUGAAAGUUGCCAAACCUCAAAACCAAGCUGUGUUGCAUCAGGAAGACAGUGUGGCUCGGGCUGUGACGUUUAUUACAGUGGGGUAGCCUUUGAGAACAUCUCUUGCUGUUUAUAAUUGAUGCAUGGAUAAAGAGCCACUUUUUUUCCUCCUCCUUCAGCUCUGAUCUAAAAGGCCCUGGCUUGAAUUGUAUUCAAAAGGCUAUAAGCUACCAUUCAUUUUGAUGGAAAUCUCCCAUUUUGUUCCCUCCCAGGCGUAUGCAUGCAGCACUUUUGGUUUGAAUGUGUGUAUGUAGCCCUUUUUCUUUCUUUACAAAGAGCCAGUUGCUAAGCCACAUGUAAGGGACCAUAUGCAGGCCACAGGUUUGCACAUGACAGACUACUUUCUACACUUGAGGAGUGUUAAAGUUUGCAUCGUUCAUAUUUUCGGUCCUCAUUGACUGACUAGCAGUGUGGUGAACCCCAGUUGUGGCAGCGUUGAUUCAUACUAUCCUUCUCUCCCUAGUCAAAGCAGGAAAAGAUGGCAUGUCGAGAUAAGAGUAUGCAGGAUCGGCUGAGACUGGGUCACUUUGCUACGGUGCGGCACGGUGCGUCUUACACUGAGCAGUGGACAGAUGGCUACGCUUUCCAGAACCUUAUCAAGUAAGUGCCGUAACUGCAACUUCUGCCUUUUCUCAUGGCGGCAAAGUGUACAGGCAGUUACUUGACUUGUCCUUUUCACGAAUCCAUAUGUAACUAAGGUGCUUCUACAAAACGUGUAUAUUUUUAAAAGAACCCUGUUUGCCAGGACUCAGGGCAGGUGACAUACUUAACAAUAGGGUUGCCAUAUUUCCAAAAUCCGGACAGAGUUGCUAAAUUGUUUUUUUUGGGGGGGAGGGAUGUACCGUAUUUUUCGCUCCAUUGGACGCACCCAACCAUAGGGCGCAUCUACUUUUUAGAGGAGGAAAACAAGGAAAAAAUAUUCUGAAUCAAAUGUUGUAUAAAUUACUGUAUUUAAUAAACAACCGGUAUAUCAGAAUCACAUUACAGCCAUGUAAAGUGAACAGCAGUCAACAAUGGCCUUAAGAACCAUCAUCACUGUCAUUAACAAAUGAAGAGAGACUUUAAGGUUUGAGUACUCUUCUAGUCUUCUGUGAACCCCAAGAACUCAUCACUGCUAAAGUCAGAAUUUAUGAAGCUCAGUUGCUCACAGUCACUGACAUCACUUUCUUCGCUAUCUUCAUGUAAAAUACCAUCUUCGUAUCCAUCCAAAGUAUUGCUAAUGCCACAUUUUUUCCUCUCAAUCCUCUUCCUCCCCUCUCUCAGCGAACAGCCUGCCAGCUGCUCGCAAACAUUCCCUUUACUUGAAUUACAGUCAAGAAACAGCCAAGCAGAGCUUCUCAGCGGCAGGCUUGGGAGGCUUUCCUUUUCCCCACUUUUUUCUCCCCCCCACCCAAGCAGAACAGUCCCCUUUUCCAGCCGCCUCCUCUCCAUCCCUUUCACCCAAACUCCUCAGGUGACAUCUACAAUUUCUCCCCUUCACUGCUCCCUCUCCUUUGCCCUCUACCAUGACUCUCCACUCACGGCAACCUAUGGUACCUCAUCUCCCUUCACCCAGCUUCUUGGUCCCCCUCCUCUCCGUCCUCUUCCUCCCCUCUCUCAGUGAACAGCCUGCCCGCUGCUCCAAACCUUGAGGGGAAGGGCAGGCUGCUGGCAGAGCAGCACCCCCCACCCCCAUUCAGCAGCCCAGGAGUGUGGGGCAUGGCCGCACAGCCUGCCCACUGCUCCAAACCCUGAGGGGAAGGGCAGGCUGCUGUCAGAGCAGCAACCCCCCACCCCACCCCAUUCAGCAGCCCUGGAGCGUGGGGCAUGGGCGCACAGCCUUCCCGUUGCUCCAAAGCUUCCCGGGGCUGCAGGGGGAAGCCAAGGCUGCCGGCAGAUGAGCGUGGUUCUUCCCCCCCCCGCCCCCAUUCAGCAGCCCAGGAGUGCGGGGGAUGGGCACACAGCCCUCCCCUUGCUCCAAAGCUUCCUGGGGCUGCAGGGGGGAGCCGAGGCUGCCGGCAGGGGAGCGCGGCUCCGCCACCACUACCAAAGACCAGUCCAAGAGUGUGCCGCACUCCGGCAAUUUGGCUCCAGGGACCACACAUUCGCUCCAUAGGACGUACAGACAUUUCCCCUUGCUUUUUAAGAGUAAAAAAGUGCGUCCAAUGGUGCGAAAAAUACGGUACUUUGCUAAGUAAUAGUAUUGCUGCACUAAGCCAUGAGCUGUAGAACUGCAUAUACAAUAACACAUCUUAAAUAUAUGUUGAGAUACACCUGUAUUUACCACUGAUCAGUAGAUGCCCCAGUAAACAUUGCCUCAUGAAGAGGCAUUCUAACACUUAAAUAUACAGUAUCAUAAGGGUGAAAACUAGGAGUAGCAGGUGACAGCCUGCAAAUUUGGUAGUCAAGGCAUGUGCAGGCCUCCAUCACACCUUUAUAAAACUUGCCAUUGCCCCUUUCCUGAUAGUGUGGUAUUCAUGUGAUCACAACAGUUGCAUCACUGUCACUUGUCCCAAGUUUUAUAAACUGCAAAAAUUCAGGGUUGUAUGUUUUCUGUAACAUAGAAUAUGGUAUGUUGUAGCAAAUAUGACCAGAAACCAACGCUUCUAAUAUGCUUGCCCAGGAAUGCAGAUGAGCCACUUCUCUGUGUCAUGUAUUAUAUUUUGUUCUCUAAUUUGUGUGCAUGUCCUGCUUUUGUUUAGGCAACAAGAGAGGAUAAAUUCCCAAAGGGAAGAGAUAGAAAGGCAACGGAAAAUGUUAGCAAAGCGGAAGCCACCUGCCAUGGGGCAGGCCCCUCCAGCAACCAAUGAGCAGAAGCAGCGUAAAAACAAGACAAAUGGAGCGGAAAAUGAAACGUAAGUGCUGCAAAAAAAAAAUCUGGUUGCUUUCUAUGAGUCGCUUGAAAUGCAAAGAAUAGCUUAUGGCUGAAGUUCUCAGGUUUUCCACAGUAGAUCUCCCCAAAACAUACAAAAUUAUUGGAGCCCUUUUUCUGCAGUCCACGUGUUUUAAAAUAAUUAGUAGUUGGUUUGAAAGUGUUGCUGUUAAUAUUUGGCUUUGCCUCAGCCACAAACUUGCUUCUAUUGGAAAAGGUACUUCUGUUUGUGCAAGUACACACACCAAAUUCCACAUCAUGCAAAGUAAGUACAGUGGUACCUCUAGUUGCGUUCCGCUCUUGUUAAAGACUUUCAGCUUACAAACGCGGCAUGUUCGCCACGUGCACAUGUGCAGAAGCGAUCUUCGCGCAUGUGCAGAAGCACUUGAUUGCGCAUGCGCAGAAAGGCACUCUAGUUGCGGACUUUUUGGGGUGUGAACGGCACCCAGAAAUGGAGUAAGUCCGCAGCUAGAGGUACCACUGUACAGCACUGCCCUUUCUCAUAAAGUGAUGGACGAAAACUGGCGUGACAGAUAUUGUACUCUGCCUAGUAAAGGCUCAGUUUAAUGACACUCAGGACCACGUCCUUACAAUCUGCCCGUGACCCUCUCCUCAGCACCUCUCUUGCAGGGAGAGAUGCAAAAGUUCUUUGAAAAACAUAGUGAUUAGCCUAGAGGAGGAAGUGGAAAAAGCAAGCGCUUUUGGCGGGGUGGGGGCACUUCUGAAGUGAAACAGAUGAAGGAGGCUUAGAAUAACAGAGUCAGGCAGCUUCUUAGAAGGGCUACAUUGUGGGUCUUCCUUAAAAGAGCAACAUCUCCUAGGUUGGGGGGGGGGUGUUCUCUGUAGAUGGGUGAGGGAAAUGAAGACGGAGGAUCUGUGUGAAUGAGAGGAAGGAGGUGGAUAGAUAGAUGUCUGGGGUGGUGUUAGCACCCUCUGCUGGAAUUUGGCCUCCUACACAUUAACCCCAAAGGAAUGCAUCCCUGGGCAAUGGGUGAAGGAGGUUCCUCACCUGUUCCCUAGUAAGUAUGGAGUCUUAGUUGGGGCAGUCCCUUAAUGCUUGGAAGGGCAGAGUGAUGGAUGCCAAGCACAAGAGGAGGGGGGACUUAGUUCAGUGAUAGAGCAUAAGAUUUUUAAGUGAAACACAUGCGAUCAAUCCUUGGCACCUCUGUUGUUGUUUUUUAAGACAUUCAUAGCAGAGCUGGGAAACACACUUGCCUUGAUUGUCUUGGAGUGCUGGUAGUCAUACUAGACAAUAUUGGGCUGGGUUUGAACCAGUGGCCUGACUGCUGUAUUCAGUAGGCAUAGGAAACCCCAGUAAAGUGUUACAAAAAUGAAAAGGGGAAGCAGGAAUGGGUCCCAGGCCUGUCUUCUUUUUUUUUGUCACCUGCCUUUAUCCCGCUAUUUGUUCUUCAGAGUAAUCUUUUGGACCACUUAUUUUGUGCACAUGCAGGUUAACGUUAGCAGAAUAUCAUGAACAGGAGGAAAUCUUCAAACUCCGGCUAGGACAUCUUAAAAAGGUAAAAUAUUGUAUUGCAAAAUUACUUCAGAGAGGCAGUGGUUUCAGCUGCCAUCUUGUGUUUUGUGUCUGUAUGACUCUUCAGCAUUAAUCCCAAAGCAGUCUAACACCCCUUGAAGUGAUCAAAAUACUAGCUCUUAUAAACAACAUUCUCGCUUGUGCACAUUGCAGGAGAAGAUUGGGAGCGACGGGCAAGCUCUUUUCAGGGGAAGCUUGUUUUCUUUUUACUGAUCGUCUCAUUUUGCUUAAUCAGAUGAGCUUGAUCAACACACUGUUGGAAAAGCACUGAUUUGAACGGGUUGAUUCCCACAGCAGUGAAAUAAGAAAUAGAACUGUCCGUGGCAUUUGUUCCUUUCCGGUGCCUCGGUUCUUAGCCCAGUAGCUGUGAAAUAGACUAGAGCUUUCCACACUGCUCAGACAAUCCUGUUCUAGUAGCACUGUAUCUGUCCACAAAGGACUGAUCUCCUGAGUCAUUUUGCCCUGAUUGUGCUGAGCAUGUCACUAUCAUCUAGUCCAGAGAAGUAAAAGUCUAGGUCUGAGGAUUGUUUCACAAGAAAAACAUGUUUAUUGAGAUGGAAGGAGUACUUACUAUAACUGGUUCACAUUGAAUCAUCUCAGCAGGGGCGACAGGGAGGAACAAGAUACAACCCUUAAUUUUAGGAGUUCAAAGCCAUAGUAGUCAUGUACGUUUUCUGAACACCAUUAGAAUCUGUAAAAAUGCUUAACUUUUCCCCUGCCUGCAACUGCUUUGUUGUUCAAGACAAACAUGUUCCUUUCGUCAGGUAUACAGAGUUUAAAUUUAACUUUUGGUAUAGCUGUUAAAGUGAUGUUUUUCUUUGUGUAGGAAGAAGCAGAGAUCCAGGCAGAACUGGAGCGGUUAGAGAGGGUUAGAAAUCUACAUAUCAGGGAAUUGAAAAGGAUACAUAAUGAAGAUAAUUCACAGUGAGUAUUGGGCAUGAGAGAGUUGCCCAAAGUGGCAAGGCACCAAAUAGCUACAAAAUGUCUUUUUUACUUAAGAGUGUGUAGCGGACUUACCACUUAAUACCAACAAUUAAUAAUGCGGCGGAUUAAUACUUUGGUUCAUAAGCAAGGAGCAUGUCUCCUCUGUUACUCACUCUCUUAACCAUCCCGCACCUGAGAUCUUCUUAAUAGUAUAACAGACCCAAGGGAUCACCUCACUCCUUGUUAAUGGUUCGGGAUUCUUCAGUACCUAGAAGAACUCUCCCCUCCUGGCUAUACUGAGACCCAGGUAGCCUGUAUUCCUACAAGAUCUCCCGGUUCAGUCACAGCCCUCCCAGAACACUCCUGUCUGUAUACCUUUCCCAGACCCCCAACCCAGUCUCCGUAUCCAAGCUGCGAGGCUCUGUCCUCUCGCUAUGGAUAGUCUCAGUGAACCAUUUCUCCUUAUCUCACUCCCUAGCUCACAACUCCAGUCAAACCCUAUCUCUUAACCUGAACCUUUGCCCUAUCAUCUUAAAUCCAGACCCAUCAAACUCCCUCGGAAACUGCUCCUUUUAUUGUCCCCCCCCCCCAAGUGCUGUUCCUCCCCCCUUUGUGGCUAGCUGACUCUGUCGCCGAUCAGAGAGAGGCUCCAGCACUCUGGUGUCUGUCACAGAGUGAUAUGUCUAACAAGCAAAAGCACUGAAGAAAUUUGGACACUUCUGUAGACAGCAUGGUCAGGAAUGAUAAGAGGGCCACAGGUUUUCCAUACCUGCUAUAGAGAAACCGUAUUGUACCCUUAGGGUUGUUUUGUUUCAGUUUAAUGUCCCCACAUGAUUCUUUUAAAUAGCUCAUGGUAGUCAACAAUUUUAAAGACAUUAUUUACUUGUCACCUUUAACUUCUGAUGCUGAACGGGCCAACUCGGUGCUAGCUGUUUUAGUAUUAAUACAGUGUCAUAAAUGUUUACAGGGGAACAUCAGGAAACAAAAAAGGAGCUUACAUUCUAGAUUGUGCUUGACCUAUCAUUAACAAAUGCAGUAUCUGUUUGAGAUUUGGAGUAAGCUCUUCUAGCCCCUUUACAUUUUCACCUGCUGCUUGUGGCUGGCUGACCAUAGUGGAUCUCCCUGGAGAUGUAACGCAUAUCCUGCCACACUCUCUAGUGCAGCAUUUGAUAUGAUCAAAAUACAGGCCUCUGUAUUCCCUGCUCUUGUAGGUGCCCUACUGCCGUAAUCUCAAAGCUCCUGAUCACUCACCAGUUGUGUGGUGGCUGUAGUUCCUCCAAGCAGCAUGUAAAUCUAAAAGGUGCAUAGCUCUACAAUUUGUUGGGUUACCGAUUGUGUGAGAACUAGUAUACCUGGCUCAAUACCGAGAGAAACUCCCUUUUGCCCAGGAUAAUCACUAUUCUGAGUUAUUCAGCUGAAGAUCAUGAUAUUACAGGUGCUGCAUGAAUAAAUAAAAUAAUUUCUCCUCUCCAGAUUUAAAGACCACCCAACACUAAAUGACAGGUACUUGUUGCUACAUCUCCUGGGCAGAGGCGGAUUUAGUGAAGUAUAUAAGGUAAGUUAGAUCUCCUUUGGCUGAUUGGCUGUCCUAAUUUGACUCCUUGAUAAAAUGACUCUGAAGCCAGUGUCUUAAUUAUCUGGCAUCUCAAGAAAUAAAGGUGGGACAGACCUCUGCCUGAGAUCCUCACCAUUCAGCAUGAAUUGAUAAAGGGCAUGUUCAUGUGCUUAUCACAACUGGGUGGCUUCCCUUGUUUUUAAAUUUGAAUCAUAUUCAUCUCACUUUGGAGGUGCAAAGUUUAUAAAUGCAUUCAUAUGAACUUGCAAACACUCAUGUACGUUCAUAUAUAUAUGCAUUCAUAUUGGAGCAAUUGCAUUAUAAGCAAGCAUCCUAAGGGAAAUUCACAUCCUUAUUGACAAAAAGAAUCUGAUUAGGGAACAGCAUUAUGCAUGAAGUUAUUUGCCUACUAAAAUACUAUGUGGGGGUGUCUCAAAGAAAAUGUUCAACAUCCACACAAAAUCGUUUAAAAUUAAUUUGGAAUUGCUGACUUUUUCCCCCAGUGCAAGGAAGUGAAAUUUGUUUAGGGUCGAGGUGUCAGCUCUGAUAGUAUUCUGAAUCAACACUCUCCUUCAUCUUCCAGGCAUUUGAUUUAACGGAACAGAGAUAUGUAGCAGUAAAAAUCCAUCAGUUAAAUAAAAACUGGAGGGAUGAGAAGAAAGAGAACUACCACAAGUAAGUAACUCUGGAUGUUGGACUGCAGAGAAGGGGGGGGGUAAAAAAAAGGGCAUAACUUCUAAAAUGAAAAUGUGGUUAGUAAAAGAGGUUCAUUGCUUCUGUCUGAAAAACAGCUGGUGGUUCUACUCUUCUGAACCAAAAAAACCCCUUAAUUUUUGCCCGUGUUAGCACAAUAAAUGGUUGAAGGAGCAAGACUUGAAGGGAGCUGAAACUGCUUUGGAAAAGGAGAGGGAUAAGAGCAGAAUGUUUAGGGACUCUGCAGAGAAAGACCCUUGAAAAGAACAUCUUACACUUCAGCUUCUCUGUAGGUUCCUCAUUAUCCUGGAAUCACAACCCUGAUCCAGAGCAAUGAAGCUAUAUUCUCUUGCCUGAGCUAUUGCUAGAAAUAUAGUGAAAUGCAACUGUGCGAUAGCAUUGGGUUUUGGUGGUCAAAAUGUCCAUUGCUAGUGAUUUUACAAAAAUGUUAGGUCUGAUUUGUUUGAUUUUUUUUAGAAAAAGUUUUGUCAUUGUAACCUGCCCCAAAUUUUAGGUAGAUAGUUGAGAAUAAGAAUAUAAAAUUAAAUAAGGGCAUUUUCCUUGUUGUUACAGGCAUGCAUGUAGAGAAUACAGAAUCCAUAAAGAGCUGGAUCAUCCUCGUAUAGUUAAGCUGUAUGACUAUUUCUCGCUGGACACUGACUCGUAAGUGCUGCUCUUUUUGCAAUUCUGCCGUAAAACUGGCUACUUGAAUGACUGUGCUUGGGAAUCUUGGGUCUCCUUAUUGCUCAGAGCUCAACGUGAAAGUGGGACGUGUGUCAUGUAAGACAUUCUGUGUCAAGGGUUUAGAAUACAAAGGGGUCUAUAAAAGAGAUCAGUUGUGUUGUUCAGGGUACCCCUCACUCCCCAGUAUGUAUUCCCUUUCAAUGUGGGAUGAAUUCCCACGCAGCAAGGAAUUGAAUGGGGCAGAGGGCAUCCUGUGGCCUUGCUGCCCUGUUAAUUGCCACGAUUGAAUGUGCAGCAGUGUGUGUGGACGGAAACAAAGCUGUAAUAGGUUUUGUAACUAUUACAAAAAUUACAAAAACUCUCCCACAUUCAAACCACCGGACCCAUUGGGAAUAACAAAUGACACUCUUUCAGUCAAAAUAAACUUAACAAUAAUGCUGUAAUUGCAGAUUGGUUUGUGAUUUUAUUUAUUUUGUGUUAAUUUACUUUGCUGUCUAAAUUAUAAAUGCUGCUUUUAAUGGAUUCAGUUUUGUGAUGCCUUGAGGCCUUGGCCAGAAGGCCAGGAUGUAAAUCGAUAAUUGAAAAGUUCCCGUUUAUCCAUAGAACAAGUUCUUAAAUCUCUGAUAAAACCCUUGACCCAGUUAAACAAACUGAAGUAAGUUAAGAGUAUUUUUUUCCAGGAUAACUAACCGGUGUAACCCUAUCACAGUGAGACGUUUUGUUACAAGCCAGCCCCUAGUUGCAACUACAAAAUUCCUGCAGAUAGAAAGGGAGGAGACUUUGCAGCGCUGUUAUAAUAUCAUGAGCCAAGAUGUUUGACUUCACUUCUUUCAGGUUUUGUACAGUGUUAGAAUACUGUGAGGGGAACGAUCUGGACUUCUACCUGAAACAGCACAAAUUAAUGACUGAGAAGGAAGCCCGGUCUAUUAUCAUGCAGAUUGUGAAUGCAUUAAAAUAUUUAAAUGAAAUCAAGCCACCCAUUAUUCACUACGAUCUCAAGCCAGGUAUGUUGAUAGUGGGUCUGAAACAGCAUGAGAAAGUGGGGCAGGGCACUCUGUAUUCUGCAGAUUUCUGUUGUGAGAAUUGCCGUGUUCAUUGGUUGUGUAAUAAGCAAGCUUCCAGUGCCCAUCAUUGCAUGAUCUUGUCAUGUAUAUGUAACAGGGUAAGGAAUGUGAAGCAGAGCACAGGAAUAAAUGAACAGCUCUCUCGAUGGAAGGAUGUAGAAAGUGGAUGUCUGCUUUUUAUUUGUUCAUAAAUGUUCUAAAUUAGGGGGGGUGAGCAGUAAGGUACCUACGUUUGCUCAUGAUGCCAAAUAUUUCUGUGUAGUUGAAACAAAAAGGGAUUGUGAGAACUUCCAAAAGGAUAUCUCCAAAAUGGGUGAACAGAUACUGAAAUGGCAAAUGCAAUUCAGUGUAAGCAAAGUAAGGGAUUCAUAUUUGGGGGGGGGUGAGAUUCUAACUUCACGUACAAGCUCAUGGGGUCUGAACUGGUGGUGACUGACCAGGAAUUGGGCAGGUAGCUCAGCGAAGGUGUUGACUUGUAUGUGACAACUGAGAACGGUGAAUUCCAUGCUUGGAAUCAGUAGGAAAGGGAUUGAAAACAAAGCUGUUGGUAUCUUAAUGUCGUUCUACAAAUCUGCACUGCAACAGCAUUUGAAAUAUUGUGUACAGUUCUGGACACUUCACCUGAGAAAGAAUAUUGCAGAGCUGGGAAACGUUCAGAAAAGGACAACCAAAGUGUUUGUGGGGUUGGAGCAACUCCUGUGAGGAAAAGUUACAGCAGUGGGAAGAUUUUCAGUUUAGAAAAAAGACAGGGGUGGAAACGACAUGAUAGCAGUGCAUGCAUAGUGUAGAGAAAGUGGAUAGGAAGAAGUCAUUGGGAGAAUUUGCAAGUGGGAGAAUUCUGUUGCCCUCGGGAGCUGCUUGGGGUCUUCCCCAUGGCAUCUGGUUGGCCACUGCGAAAACAGAGUGCUGGACCAGAUGGGCCUUUUGCCUGAUCCAACAGGGGUUCUUCCUAAGUUUUUGUGUUCAUGUCAGAGCCUUCAACUGCAAAGAGCAAUUUUUAUUCCUGUGCUCUGCUUGUGUCAUGUUGCAUUAUGGGUAAAUGUUUUAAACAGGAGGUGGGAGAAGGCUGAUGGAUGGGAGAUGGUUGCCUUAGGACAGGGGCUGGACCUUAACAGACCUUAACCACUCUGUUACUGGACCUAAACCACUCUGUUACUGUUUAGGAGAGAGGAGUUCUGAUAAGGUCGCUUUUUGGAGAUGGUCUGUCAUACUGGCUGAAAACAAAUAAGUGUAUUUGACCUCGUUCUGCAUUCUCAUUUGGAACAGGCUGCUGCUUCAGCAGCCCCUCCCACCCACCUGCAAAAUUUAUUGGGCAUAUUCACCUAGAAAUUUUGUUUGUUUUUUUAUUCUCCAGGUAACAUCCUCUUGGUAAAUGGUACUGCAUGCGGCGAGAUUAAGAUCACUGACUUUGGCCUCUCAAAGAUCAUGGAUGAUGACAGUUAUAAUUCAGUCGAUGGCAUGGAGCUAACAUCGCAAGGGGCUGGCACUUACUGGUGGGUGCCCUGGUCUGUUUCUUGCACUGAACAACCCAUAAUAUCGUAGCAUGUGAAGAGCAGGUUAUUCAGCUGAGUGGGCCAAGUCAUUUUUUUUUUUACAAGGCAAAAAGCUGCUGGAAGAGCCCCUGCACCUAUGGUGGAGCCCACCUUGAAGAACUGUGUUAAGGUGGACAGCUCUUCCAAGUGCUUGCGUCUCACACCACCAAGAAAUAUAAUCCGUACAUCCUUACAACGCUAAUAAUUAUAAUCAAAACAACAAUCUGACUGGGUUGUCCCAGUCACUCUGGGUGGCAAUAAGAUUCCAACCUUGUAAAUGACUGCCGUACUUGGCAAUAUGGAGUUCACUCCUUUGGUAACUUCUACUCAGAGGCAUGGAAGGUUGAUAGUGAGGAAGGAUAUGGAUUUGAAUAUGGCUAGUCUGCAGCUGUUAAUUUCUCUGCCCCCUAGGUAUUUACCACCUGAGUGUUUUGUGGUUGGGAAAGAGCCUCCAAAGAUUUCAAAUAAAGUUGACGUCUGGUCAGUGGGAGUAAUAUUCUACCAGUGCCUCUAUGGCAGAAAGGUAAGCAAAAUAAUUUGACAGCUGCUGAAUUUACUGAACUAUUGAAUCAUAACUGCAAACUGAGUUUUUUGUUGAAUUCUGUGGUGUCUUCGGCGCAGAGUUCAGGUUCCUGAGACUCACUUAAGCUUUCUGGUUUAAUUUUUUUAAGCACAUUUGUUGUUGUCAUGACUUGAAGGAAUUUUUCAGCGUGUGCAAGGAAACUUCAGUAGAAGCUCCAGUGCUCAGGAAACAGAGCUUUUAUAACUUCGAUUAAAUAAUUAAAUUUUGUCAAGCAAAGGUCUCCAGGCAACCAUAUUAUACCACCAAACAACAAAAAGCACCUGAAUUAUAAACAUCAUUUUAGUCUACCAAAAUCCUGGGGGAAAUAUGUAUUUACCUAGAGCCAUAAAAAUAUCAGUGAAGGUGCCAGGCAUAGCUCACUGAGAAGCACAUUCCACAAAUGAGCACAACUGAAAAUGCCCUCCUUUGUCACCAACCUUCAACCUGGAGAUGGGCCAAUAUUGCCUUGUUCUCCUCCAUUCAUUUUACCUUAGCACUGCACCUGCUAAAUGCAGCAUUGAUUUAAUUAAUAUUCUAGAUUCUGCCAACUGAUUUGGGAUGGGGUGGUUUGGGAAGUGAGAGAGCCGAUGCUUAUAGGAAAAGGAGAGGGAAGCAAACUGGUAAGGGGCAGUGAUUGGGAUGCAUGUUGAGUGAUCGGAAACUCUAUGGGAUCAAUAAAUCUUACUUCCCGACUGAGAACAUGUUCAGACUGGAAUUUUGCUACCUUUUAAGCAAAAACCCAUUAUACAUUUUCAGAUUUUUGUACACCACAAAUUAACCUAAUGUGCUUUUUUAAAAAAAAAUGGCUACAUUUCUGUGAAACCUACUGGAUCCCUCUUGUUGAAAUGUGAAUAAUGACCGUGUUCUAAUAUAUGCAUGUUGCACUCUCCCGUCCCCAGCCUUUUGGCCACAACCAGUCUCAACAAGAUAUUCUGCAGGAGAACACAAUUCUGAAAGCAACAGAGGUGCAGUUUCCUCCAAAGCCAGUGGUAACGCCAGAAGCAAAGGUAAGAGAGCGUUUCUAUUUGGUAUUGGCAAAGAAGCUUGGGGAAAUGUAGUGACGAUCUGUACUUGAAGGACACCUUUUUAGCUUUCACUCAAAUGGCAGCAUUCAGUAAUGGGUGACUCUUCCUAUCCACUUGCAGAAAUGUUUCAUAUUUCUACCAGGAGAGGAAGGCUCCCUGUUUCUCCUUUUUCCACUGAGGUUGCAGGGAUGUCCACAGCUUGUGCUGAGGAAAUCAUAGAGCUAUUUUCAACAGAUCUUUACUCCCCAUCCCCCUUUCUGUUCAUGACCAGGAUGAUGAUAAAAUCAUACCUUGGAUCCCAAACGCGUUGCCAGUCGAAUGUUUUGGCUCCUAAACGCCGCAAACCCAGAAGUGAGUGUUCCGGUUUGCAAACGUUCUUUGGAACCCAAACGUCUGACGGGGCUUCUGAUUGGCUGCAGGAGCUUCCUGCAACCAAUUGGAAGCCGCGCUUUGGUUUCUGAAUGUUUUGGAAGUCGAACGGACUUAUGAAACGGAUUCUGUUCAACUUCUGAGGUACCAUUGUAUAUAUUUUAAAAGCUCUAAAAAACAAAGGCGGCCUAGUCUAAUGCUUUCCACCCACCCAUCAGUUGGGAUUUGGAACAUAUCAUUGCCCUGAAACUUGUUGGCCAUUGAUCCUCAGCAGAGCCAAAAACUCAUUGCAGCUGGUGGCUUAUCUUCUGCCUCUAUCAAAGCUUCCUUUUAGAAAAGAUAUGUCUGACAGCAAGUUACAUAGUGGAGAAAAUAGAGUCCAGCUCCUCCAGGACACCACUGUGUCCUCUGUCUGUAUUAGAGCAAAACCUUGGACUUUAUGUGAAGUUCACUUCCGCUCUGAACCUGACAUCCAGACCCACCUUGGCAAUGACUUGUGUUGUCAGACAAGAUCUUUCCCUUUACUAGAUGAAUUAGACCCUUAGAUGGAUGACCCGUGUUCCUGUAACCCUUUUCUUCUGUAUACCCGCUGUGUUUUAGUUUGGGUUUGGUUUUCUUCAGCUGUAGUAUUUACACACUGAGUGGUCAACUCCCCCAGUGGUAGUUCUGCCUCCACUGAUGGAUAGGAGUUAACACCCAUCACUGAAUUUCCUCCUCCAUCCAAACAGAAGGAAUUGUUCUGGUAAGGUCUGUAGUUUUCUGGUGAAUCAGUCAUCUCUUCAAGGUUCACCCACUCAGUCCCACUCUAAACCACCUGUCUACAAUGUAGCAAGCAGCACCAUUCAGAAGCUAAGAUUGAAAUCUCUUCAGAUCUGCUGAAGAGAGAAAAAAGGCAACCAUGGCUCCUCUCUUCACUUUCACUCCAUGGUUCUGUUGUCAACUCACCCAGUUGCCUGAUGGGUAAAAUUGGAGACCAGCUUACUGCAGCAGGCUGAGGGAGGGAGCAGAAAGAAAGGGUGGGAGAAGUCCCUGCUACUGCUUUUUAUGCCAUUCCACCAGACCUGAAUAGUAGUGCCUGGUAAAAGCUUAGCCUAGAAGAGCCUUCCAUGACCAUCUAGACAAUUGCAGGAUGCCAAGGAGGGUGUGUUUUACACACAAUUUACUUAUCUAAUCUCUUUUUCUUUUCUUUUUUAAGUAAAACCAGCCUGUUUCUGCUUUUGGAAAAGAGCUACCAGUACCAACUUCUCAUGCCCAUUUUCUCUUCUUUCUGUUUGUCUUCCAGGCAUUUAUCAGGCGCUGCCUGGCCUACCGGAAGGAAGAUCGAAUAGAUGUUCAGCAGUUAGCAUGUGACCCCUACUUGCUCCCUCACAUCCGCAAAUCUGUAUCAACAAGCAGCCCGGCUGCGGCUGCCAUUGCCUCAACCUCUGGAUCCUCUAAUAACAGCUCUUCAAACUGAGCAGGAACAAUAGGCCAAAAAGAUAUAUAUAACCGGAACUGCAGAAAGAAAACCGAGAGAGAGUCAGAGACGUUUUGAGAAGCAGCCUUCGGGAUUGGCAAGGAAUCCACAAAACGGCCUCCAGAAACCGGUAUCGGGUGCUUUGUUUUCUUCUUGCGCUCUUGUCCCAUCCGUAGAGCAAGGCAUCAUUGAUUCUCGGCAAGGUUCUAUGGCGACUUAAGUCCAACUUAAGUGGCCAAGGAAGAGGAGAUUGAUUGGUCUCGUGCUGAGCAACGGCAAAGGCACUAACCGCUCUGGGCAGCAGAGAGAAAAGAUGGCUCCAUGUACUGUGAACUUCCAAACACCACGGACCCCGGGUGCGGUUCCAAAAUGCAGGGUGCACACACACUGUGUGGAGAAUUGCGGACUUGGCAGCAGGGUAAAGAGGCUGGACUUGGUCCACUGUCAAUAUUUAAAAAUAUGUUCCUCUUUUUUAAAAAAACAAGACAAAAAGCAAAAUAAAGUUUAGGCUACAUCUCAUUUGGGGGGAAGGGGGGGGAAACCCCACAGAGCUCAAUGCUGUGAGGUUCCACGGAGGGAUCGGCAUUGGACUCUUGAGCCCUUUGCAAGGGAGCCAAGUAUCCUGCCUGUUGAUAGCACCAGCAUUAGCAUGUCAUCCCAAAUAAUUUCAGUUUUAAAAUAACGACUUUUAUUGGGGGGUUUUUGGUUGUAAGGUGAAAUAACUAGCAGGUCAAUGUGGCAGCCCCCUCUCUCUUUUCUUUAGAUUGGCCUCAUAUUCUGUGAAGGAGGAGUACAAUGUAAUGCAGAGGGUGCGUUACAGCUAGGAACAUAGGUUUCUGUUCUCGCUCCAGCCCCCCAGAAAACUGCUUUUUGGCAGGUACUUGACGGUUAUCCCCCUUCAGAAUAAAACUAAGUGUUUCUAAUUUUUUAUUUUCCCCCAAUGUUUUCCUCGUGUGGUGUUCGGAUCCAUUCACUAAAGUCUCUUUUGGGUGAUGGCAUUCUCUUUUAACACACACAAGGAUGACAGAACUCUAGACAGAUUACCUCCCUUCCCCUCUUUCUCCCUUUAUUUUCUUUUUUUUUAAAUCUUUCUGUACUGUCUCAGAAGCAUCAGCUACAUUAACACCCCAAAAGGACACUUAUCCUGAAGAACAGCUAGGUUUUUUUUAAAAUCUUAAACUUUGUGUUUCCGUUUCUUUAUCAGAGUUUUGAGCUUGCUUUUUUCCUUUCCUUUUUUACAUUACUGCCCUUGGUCCUUGACUCUCUUUUUUUUUCACCUUUUAAGAAAGACAUGUAAACCAAAGAAGAAUCCAGUUGCUUGAAUCUUGUGGCAGAAUGCUACUCCUGCACGUGGCCAAAACGUUGUUUUCUGAAAACCUUGAAAGCCGUACUGUAUGGUCAGGUACCCUGGCCAGGACUUCGAUUCUGCACCCACAAGUGAUGAUUCUCAACCCUACCUCCUCAGCUUCCUGCAGAUUGGGGUGCAAGUAGACGUAGCAGGGGCGAGGCGAGGGGGACCAAGCCAUAUCGAGAUUUAAGGGACUUGCGGGAGAGCUGAGCUGGGAAGUGGAGGCUGUAUGUGUGUGUGUGUGUUGGUUUGUUCGUUCAUCUCUAGCUACUCCUGCAGAUCAGGUGGAAAGGACCUGGGUGGGCGAGUGUAGCUGGGUGUAGCUGUCUUGUGUGUGCCUCACCCUCCUUUUUAUCCAACGACUUAAUCACCAGGAUAGAUGAGGUACCAUUUGACCAGAAGGCGAGCCUGUGCCUCUGUUUAAAUGGCGUUAAACGAAGUUGCGCAGGGAACUGAGGAAAUGUGAUGUGUCAUCAUUACAAAUGAUGGCCCUGCAAAAAGGCUCUUUUAAUAAUGCUUUUUUAAAUAAAGAAAGAAGGAAAAAUCUCACCCCAAACAGGUGCCAUGAGUCCACCUUCGGGGACAGAAGGGUUUUCCUCACUUGUUCCUGAGAACUGAGGGUGUAGCUUUUUUUAGUUCCUCUGGUGGAACAGCUGGUAUUUGGACUCCUCCUACUGGGCAGAAAGUAAGAGAACUCUAGGGGGAAAGGCGAGCAUACCAUUAGGCUAUUGUUAAGGCUUCUGGUAAAGUUUACACACAGACACACACAAACACCCCACCCCACAAUUUGCCUCUGAGCAUGAGAAUAAAACACACAGCCAACUUUUUUGUCUUUUCUUCCCCACCCCAACCUCCUUUUCUUGUCCUAGGAGAAAACCAGGUCUUAUAUUAAUUCCAUUUAGGGUUGUUCUAGUCCACGGUUACUCGUCAUUUUUUCACCAAAACGCAGCUUGGGGCUAUGUGUGAGCUGGCAAAAUGCAGGCGCUGGUGUCUUGGCUGCCACAGCAGAGUACAGCUGCUGUCUGCUUGCUGAGCCCGUUUGGGGUUGGGCUCGUGUUAUAUUUCUGCAGCUAAAUUCAAGACUUGAAGCAUGCUGUCCUGGAAAGCGCUCAGUCCUAGCAUUUUAUCCCCCCGAUUGCCGUUCUUGGAAUUUAGCCCAAAGCAAGUUUUCACUUCAGGCAGGUUAAAACUUGGAUAUACCAGCUUGUGGUGGAGCUAAUUAUUGAUCACUCGUGGAGAGAACCCUGUCCCAAGUGAGACUUAAAAAGAAGUUUUAAAAUUUUGUUUUCUAAAAGCCCAACCUGCCUUUGAGCCAUAAAUUGUAUUUCUUUCCCUCUCUCCACCCACCCACCCCAAUUUACAUAGUGACUGUCAGCUGUUUCAGUCGCUAUUGGUUGUGCCUGGGUAGGAGCCUCCAUCUUUUCAUGGUGUUCAUCACAGAAGCAGGAUAGAUCUCUCUGGAUGAAAAAUGCAGACUGUGACUUUCCCUUUUCUUUUCUCCCCCCCCCCCUUUUUUUAAGCUGUUGCUGAAAUGGGUUUUAUUUCAGGUAACAAAACCUUUUUAUUGCCACACUGUUCAUUUUACUGAAAGGAAAGAGGAAAUGUGUAUGGAUUUGUAACUUGAAACUAGGCCAGACUGUUUUGGCUUUGCCCAGCAGACAAAAAUACGGAUAUUAAACAAGUUUUAAGAAACUGAACUUGA